AUGGGGUGCUGCCCGGGGAACUGCCUCAACUGCUGCUCGCAGGAGCAGGACUGCUGCGAGGAAUGCUGCUGCCAGGACUGCUGCGGCUGCUGCGGCUGCUGCGGCUCCUGCUGCAGCUCCUGCUGCGGCUGCGGCGGCGGCGGCUGCGGCGGCUGCGGCGGCGGCGGCGGCUGCUGCGGGGGCUGCGGGGGCUGCGGGGGUUGCGGCGGCGGCGGCUGCGGGGGCUGCGGGGGCUGCGGCGGCAGCUGCUGCGGCUGCUCGGAGUGCUGCGGCGGCGGCGGCGGCGGCGGGUGCUGCGGGCCCGUGUGCUGCCAGCCCGCGCCCGUGUGCGACACCAAGUGA